AUAAAUAAAACAUUCCGACCUAUUUGACAAAUCGUCCAAAACCUUUAGUAAAACAUUGCAUGAAUAUGAUAGAUAAAGUAAAUGGUGUGGACUCAAUCAGAAUUAGUGCAGUAACAAACAGAUUGUAGAAUGUAGCCUCAUUUCAGUCUAAUAGCAGAGAAACUUACCAAUGCUAUCUUGGUGAUGCUGAUCAUUUGCCAAGUUGUACUUGCUCUUCUUGGCUAUUUAGUGCUUAUCCAUGCAAACAUUUUUUUUCCAUUUUUCUCAAGUUCAAUCUUUCCUGGUCUGAUUUUGAUCCAUCUUAUGGAAGUUCACCAUAUUUUAUCAUUGAUCCCUUAUCAGAUAAAAAUAAUCAUUCAACAACGUUUCAUUUUACACGUUUGCCUACUGAAGAUAUAUCUGAAAAUAUCAAUGAGAAGCCUCUUGAUGAUGCCAAACCUUGGGAAGUGUCUAAAUAUAAUCUUCAGGCAGUCAAAAGUGUUCAUUCCAUAAAUAGUAAAAUCUUGUACUUUGAUCAAAGUAAAGAACAUGGUCAAUCACAAGUAAGUCACACUCCUGCUGCAUGUCGCGAACUUUUAAAUGCAAUAAUAAACAUGACACAUUUGAGUGACUCUCAACCAGCAAUAAACAAUUUGUUUCAAGAACUUCAUAAACUUAAAACAAGUUUUGGAGAAACUCUUAAAAGAGAGCAAGGUGUUAUUUUGUGUCCAGACCUAAAACCUGAAACUUGGAUUAAAUCUAAUUUACCAAGUCUUGUUAAUCUUCCCGUAAGACGCAAAAGGAAGUUGACCAAAAGAGUUGGUAUAAAACACGACAUCACUAAGGCAGCUUUAAAUAUCAAUGUGACACCAAAUGUAAAUAAUGAAUGUUGUAGUUCAGAGAUUUUUACUGAUGUUAUUGAUGAUAAUUGUGAAACAUUUACAGUUUCCAUGGAACCAAUUGAAGUGACAGGAGAAGCAUUUGAUAAUUGCCAAGAAUUCCACAAAGUCAACAUAGUUAAUGAUAAUGACAAACUUCAAAGCACUGUGCACUGCAUUCAGAAUCUUAAAUGCUCCUUGAUCCGAAAUGUUGAAAAAAAUGACAUAGUUAAAGGAGAAAUGCUAAACGAUAAUGUCAUACACUUUUGUCAACGAAUGAUGUCAAUUCAAUUUAACAUUGAUGUUGGUCUUCAAGAUCCCGUUAAAGGAAAGGUUAUGUCUUUUGAUCCUUGUCCUAGCAAACCUUUUGUACAAAUUCUUCAUGAUGGAAAUAUACAUUGGGUUUGCAUUACAACUUAUGAUUGCAAGCCUGGAGAAAUCUAUAUUUUCGACAGUCUUUUUCAUGAUUUAAUAAGUAUUGAGACUAAAAGACAAAUAUGCUCCAUCUUACACUGUUCACAAAAAAAAUUGUUAUUAAAGUUUUACCUGUACAACAGCAAACAAAUGGGGUAGAUUGUGGGCUUUAUGCUAUUGCUUGGGCACGCCAGGUACUAGAAACAAAUGGUAUUCCACCAAGUACUCAUACGUUUGAGCAAAAUGAAAUGAGGAAUCAUCUUUUAAACUGUAUACUAAAUAUCCAGUUAGAUGUUUUUCCAAAAGCAAUUACCCCAACUAUGUUUAAAAGAUGCGCAGCAAAGAGUUUUCAUAUUCCUCUACAUUGUUCCUGUCGCAUGUUUUGGACCCAAAAAGAUGAGCAUAUUUUUAAUAGACAAAUGGCACAAUGUUUUACUUGUAACAAAUGGUUUCAUCGUGAAUGCGAAAGUAUUCCACUGUGUGCAUAUAUGAGAAAGAAGAUGUUAUCUGGAACUGUCAUGACUGCCAGAUGCAAAUAACAGAAAGCUGAAGUUUUUCUGUUUCCAGUUAAGGGUUUGCAAAAAAAAAAAUUUUUCUUGUAUAGUCAGUUAUGAAUGGAUAAAAAAUUUUCAAAAAUGAAAAGACAACUAAAAUCGGUCCUUCAACCGUUACACUAAAAGUUGGGUUUU